AUGUCUAAUGACAAUGAUGACAAUGACUCUAUUUUAGAUAAUGUAACAAGUAUUUGCUCAUCAUCUUCUUCUACAAUAGAAAGUCUGUCUUCAAUUAAUAACAUUGGCUCACCUCCUACAACGGAAAAUAUAUCUUUAAAUAAUAAAAGUAAAUCAACAUCUGUAGUUUGGAAUUUUAUGCAUAAAAAAUAUAAUAGUCAAAAUGAAGUUAUAGAAAUA